AUGGAAGAAAUAACUAACGAUAACAAUAGGGUUAUUGAAGAAGGCAUUGAUAGCGAUGAAAAUGAUUUAAGUUAUAAUUUUAUAAAUAUUUCUUGGGAUGACCGUUCAAAAAGAAGUAAAGUAGCAAUGCUAUUAUUUUUAAUAGCGAUAUUUUUUUCUAUAAUGGCUUUAGUCAUUAAUAAUUUCGUUGUUCAUUAUAAAAACUUUAACUUCGACGAAUUCUUCAAUAGAGGAGAAAUAAAUUGCAAUCUCGUUAAAGUAGAUGAAUAUCGCUAUGCAGCCAGAAUUCAUUCUGUGUCAUCUCGCGAGUUGAUAUGUGUGGGUGCAGUGAUAAAUGAAAAUUCAGUUCUGGCAAACGAAGUGUGCCUGAAAUCUGGACCUGUACGUUUACACGUUGGGAGUCCUACAGAUCAGCGUUGUAAAAAAGGAUUUCCGGUGGACGCUGUCGAGUUAAUACCACACGAUGGGGUUAUAUCGAAAAAUCUAGUGCUUUUAAUGACAUAUAAGAAAAUUAUUCAGUGUGUGAGUAUCAUAAAAAUCGGUGUAAAAAUGGAUUGGCAUGUGCCUGCUUAUGUCAUCGGACGUCCAUUUCAUGGUGAAAGGUCCUUGUCCCGUCAGCUUGUCACCUUAAAUGUUCACGAUAACAAUACUUACAAUGGCCAGUUGGUUAACAAUUUGCGUAACAACAAAGUGAUUUGCGUGAAAUACCUUUCACGCUGCCCAGUGAGAGCGGGCGAUCUAUUAGUGCAGAAGGGCCGUCUAUUGGGCUUAGCUUCCACGAGCACACAACGGAGAGAAAAUAAUAAGCUUGCGUGUUUUGCCAAUGUUAGUAAUGUUCACGAAGAGUUGAAGCAGCUGGAUGUAAACAUUGAUUUAAAUAAAUGA